GGUAUCCGUAGUAAAAUAAGUCGCGCUUCAAAUAGACGCGUUUUAAUUUUAAAAUUUGAAAAAGGAAAAAUGAAUUCGAAUUACAAGUGUCCGAUACCGAUUUUUGACGGCGUGUUUCGAAUUAAAAUUCUUAAGUACAAAAAUUACUUAGUCGAUAUUAAUACCAAAAUGUCAUAAUCAGAAAACAGUGUUGUUUGUUUGCGGUGUUUCGGUGGUAACGAUGGCCAACUCCCCAACGAGUAUUGAGACGCAAAUAGACAGUUUCUUAGAACAAUUUAAAAGAAGUGCUUCGAAGGCAAUGGAAGAACGGAUGGAGUGGCCUGACGGGCCAUUGCCAGGUGGAGUAGUUAAAUCACGAAGUAGCUGCUUCACCUUAGAUUCUCCUGUUGAAGCGGAAUGCGAUGGAUGUAGCAGCGAGAAUGAUGAAGGUCGGAGUGUUGGGGAGUUAUUGCUGCCACAGUAUGCCCUUGCCACUGGCGGUUUGGCGCGGGACCACCGACCUCUCAUCACGUUCCCAGACAACAAUAACUUCCACGUACUUACACCAAGUGAAUACCGUCGACUCCUGCUCUACCUCACUUCAGUGCCCUCACUACUCGAAGCGGAAAUGGGCUUCCAUAUAAUAAUUGACCGGCGAAAAGAUAGAUGGAACUCUGUAAAAGCAACUUUAUUGAGAAUAUCCGAGUUCUUCCCUGGCGUAAUCCAUACAGUAUACGUCCUACGCCCCGCAAGCUUUCUUCAAAAGGCCUUAUCGGAAGUGAGCAGUAAAUUAUUCAAAGAGGAGUUCCGGUUUCGUGUGCUGGUCUGUUCUUGUGUGGAAGAGUUGUACGAACACUUCGACAGGUCACAGUUAACUCCAGAUUUGGGAGGUGAAUUACAAUACUCACAUUCAGAGUGGAUACAACAACGGAUAGCUUUAGAGAAAUUUUCAACUCUAAUGAAGGAGAUAUCCACGAAAUUGGACGAGUUUAUGCACGAAAUAGUUGAUUGCGACAUGGGAAACGAUCCCGCACAAACCAAAGACCUUUUAGACUGUCAAGAAUCUAGUUAUAAAGCUUUAAAAACCGAACUGGCGUCAGCGACAACGCAGGGCGAAGACUUGCUGAGCCAAGUGCGAAAACCAAAUCUUACUUAUAAUAUUAUUAGUCAUGUGGCUGCUGUUGAAAGGCUACUUGUUCAACUCGAAGAGACUGAAAAACAAUUCGACAACUUUUGGAAGAAACAUUCCAUGAAAUUAAACCAUUGGCUCAAGUUCCGAACGUUUUUAUUAAACUUUAAACAAAUGCAGGCUACUUUAGACACGCAUUUAAAGGCAGCAUGUGAUAUGACCGAAGUGGGUGAAACUGCGAACCGAGUCGAUGGCCUUAUACACGAGGCUAACGAUUUUGAACAACUGUGCAAUGGAGACCUAGAAGCUGCAUCAUCAGUAAUUGAUGAAGGUGAAACAUUGAUGCAAGAUCCUUUAAGUUCCGUGGAUCAUAUCGAAUCGAAAUGUCAAGAAUUAAGACGAACAAGUGCUUUAUUAUUGGACAAAAUAAAUAAACGAAAUCUGCUUUUGGCCAAAGCGAGAGAAGUUAUGGACCGAAUAGAUAAGGCAAAUGAAUGGUGUACCACUGGAGUUGAAAUUUUGGCGGGAGAAGGCGGUCUUAUAGCCGUGGAUAAACUGAUAGAAGAUGCGAAGACAUUCGGAUUGACGUCACCCGAAGAGUUCCGGGAGAUGCUUAUGCAAUCUGCAACCCAGGAAACAAGGGCGCUAGUUACACAAGUAUCACAAAGAGUAGAAGAUGUGUGGUUAAUGGUGACUGUGAAGCGAGCGACACUUCAGCGAGCAGCGGCUAAGCCUGCUCGUCCCGUGCAGUCUGUUCCGCCACAGAGUGCGGCCAUACAACCACUAGCCGAAAAGAUGGAGACGUCAGGAGGGUCAGAAAGUUCUGGAGGAGAAGACUCAGAGGCUCGGCGGUCACGGAGAGGCCACGUUCUUGCGGAACUUCUACAGACUGAGAGAAUCUACGUACAAGAAAUGGGCUCAAUUCUCACUGGAUACAAAGAUGAAAUUGAAAAAGCGGAAAACCAACACGCCCUGCCAUCAGGAUUAGCGGGACAGGCAGAUGUUCUGUUUGGAAACCUUCACGAACUCUUCACAUUCCAUCAAGAAAUAUUUCUUAAGGAUUUAGAAAAAUCUAUCUCAGCGACAGAACUUGUUGCGCUCUGUUUUGUUGAAAAGAGAGAAACAUUCUUCCGCCUAUACAGUUAUUAUUGCCAAAACAUACCUCGUUCAGAAAGGCUUCGAGAGACACUGGUGGACACACAUCUAUUUCUUCAGGCUUGCCAACAACGUCUCGGUCACAAGCUGCCCCUAGCUGCUUAUUUGCUCAAACCAGUGCAAAGGAUUACUAAAUAUCAGCUUUUACUAAAGGAUCUCCUCCGGUAUAGCGAUUGUGGGUCAAUGAGUGCUGGUCUCCAACAGGCAUUGGAUUGUAUGUUGGUGGUCCUCAAAUGCGUGAAUGACUCCAUGCACCAGAUCGCUAUAACUGGCGUACCGGUUGAUCUCAAUCAACAAGGCGAACUUCUAUUGCAAGGGUCCUUCCUGGUAUCUUCUGAGACCAAACGUGAUCUCCGACUGCGUAUACGACCGCGACGCAGACACAUUUUCCUUUACGAAAAAGCCAUGCUCUUCUGCAAACCAGCCGCUAAAAACAGCCACAAUAAGGCCACUUACCACUUCAAACAUGACUUGCAGAUGUCCCAAAUCGGUCUAACCGAGUCCGUAAAGGGUGAUGUGCGUAAGUUCGAAGUAUGGCGUCAAGGCAGGGCCGAAGUGCAUACGAUAAGUGCACCCACCGCUGAUAUCAAAAGAGCCUGGGUUGAGAGGAUCAAAAGGGUUCUACUUGACCAGCUUAAGGAACUCAAAGGAGAACGUGUCAGGCAAUACGCACAGCAUCAUAGGACACUGAUUCAAACCAGCUCUUGGGAUCUGGGACCCCAAAAGGAGCGACCCCAGCCACCCUCGAAUCCCUCUCGAACCGGUUCUUGUGAUAAUCACGAUGAGCCCUGCUGGUCCACAGACCCAUCAGAAGACGAAGAGGACGAGCCCGAGCACGCACCGGCGGUGGGUUGCGCGCUCAUGGCCCUGUCGGACUACACCGCGGUGGGUGCCAGUGAGGUAUCUCUUCGGGAAGGGCAACACGCAGAGCUACUCAAGGUGGGCUGCGCGGGAUGGUGGUACGUGCGACUUGCAGGUGGUCAGGGUGAAGGCUGGGCGCCGGCUGCUUAUCUUGACCAGCGUAAGACUUCGCGCUCGUCGAGUCGUUCUCACGACCGACUGCACGACCACUAAACUCGAAUGGCGUUGACUCGCAAAUCAGUUUGAGCCUUUGACCCAAUAGCUUUAUCCCAAUUAUAGGGCUUCUUGGCUAAGACAUAUGGCUAUUGAUGAUUAUUCUUGUCAACAGCCAUGAAGGUCUUACGCGUCGUUUUCUGCUAUAUUUGGGCAUAGAAUGCAUUUCAAAAUUUUGUAAAUAAGUCGGGAUUGUUUCUAGAAGUUUUAGCAAUUUUGUACCUUAGUGAGCCAUUUUGACUUAGUACACUGUGUUUCGCUCAUCUUUAUAUAGUUUAUAAUACUGUGACGUUUGCUACUCUAUCAAAGACCUUAUUAAUAAAAAAAACCCGUAUCUAGUUAAGUUAAAAAAUAUCUGAUUUCAAUUAUCCAAGUUCACAGAGUGCGCCUUAACCCGCUUGUGUAAUGUUAUAUAUAGAUGUUAUAAAAGCUUUAUUGUAUUAUCCCCUUACUUAUAAACAUAUCUCAUCUUAAUAUUACUAAUAAUGAUUUAGGAAUUAAGUAAUGUUAAUUUUACUACUAUUUUUAUAGGUAAGGGGAAUGUGUAUGAGUAUCCAAAGUAUAGUGCGGUAGAAAAUUGUUAAGCGGCAUGAGAUUGAAGAUUGAUAUAUAUGGAAAUCAAAUCAGAGAUAAUGUAUCGACCUUUAGAAAGAGAUAAUGAGUGACUUCGUAGAGCGUUGUCUCUGUUACACGAAUAACAUGUUUGCAUUGGAAAUUCUUUCUUAUUACUUAGUAAUGUGAUACAGAUAGCGCUUUAAAAAGUAAAAAAAUCAUUUCACUUCGAACUCCUGAUGAGUGCGAUUGCUUCUUUUUUAUUAUGGGACCUAGACAAUGAUAUCUUUUUAAAGAUCGAUAUGCAAUAUCAAUCUAUAAAUUUUUUAAAGGUUUCGCAAUUUUGGUAUCAAUCCUUUAGUUUUUAAAACACAAAGACUUUAUAGAUCUUUAAAUAUCUGUAUCCAUAUUUCAAUGUUCAGGAGUUUUAAUAUUGUACUUGGGACCUAAAAUUUCAUAUACGUUUUCUUUGUAUAUUCUCUACCAUUAUAUGUUUAAUCUAAACCAAAUAAUAAUAACCCUAUCUCCGACUCCAACAUUUGUAAAUAUUUAGUUUUAGUUAUUUAUUUGAAAUGAGAUAGUCUCAAACAUCCAUGACAAAUCGUAGAUAGUUUGGUACAUUACCAUUUCAUUUCACGAUGCAACACCCAAAAUAUAUCCCAUAGCAGAUUAAGCAUAACUUAACAGUUUGAGACAAUAAUAAUAUCGUGAAAUGUUUCUUAAGGUUGUAAGAUAAAGAUUAUAGCUAUAAAAGUAUCAUAUCCAUGUAAUCAUAUCAUUGUCGCUUUGCGUUUGUUAUUUAAAAACGGCGUAUAACGAAAACCCCGUAAUUUCUGAAAUUAGCAUAAUUUGUAGAGUCCAUUGGCUAUGGCUAAUAUUCAUUGACAAGCUGGCUCUUCCAUCUGUCAACAAAUUAACUCUAGGUCUCGACGGUUCUAUCCCAUCUGUCAGUUGACAUUCGGAUUUUGUCAGAUGUGUGCUUAAAACUGUCUGCGACUAAUUUACGAGAAAGUAAUAAACAUGACAUAAUUUUGUAGCGAAACCUACCAUAUUCGACUUCAAAUUACUGGGAUGUCGUCAUACCCUUAAAUACGACCUUAGCAGCUGGGCCAUUCCGGCCGGCCAGUCAGUGAUUCAACAGGUCGAUGUUACUUGUGGUAGUAACGUUCCUUAAUUUAAAAAAAAUAUUCAUUUUAUGUUAUUUUAUAUCGCCAAGCUGUAUUUGUUUUCAUAGAUCAUGUUUAAAGUAUAUUCCAUAAUAAAUAGUGUACGGGAUUUUGUUAUAGGCUGUAUUUUAAAAGUAUUUGUGAGUGAGGUGCCUAUUUGCUUUUUGGUGUUAUAAAUACCUAGGUGUCUACUAGUCUACGUUUUUAUCUGUGUUGUUGGUAUGUAGUAUUUGAGAUGUCAUUAUUAUUUGUCAAAGCAUUUUGUUACGAAUCAUGCAAAAUAAAUAUUACGAGGAUUUUACCAUUU